AUGUGGGCCACCAGGGCUCGCUGGUUUCGACCCAGUGCGCACAGCGGCACGCCGGAUGUGCAGCCGAGAAAGAGCCGCGAGCGCGAGCCCGCGAGACCGGCGAGUGAAAGCGUCGUGCGCGGCCGUCGCGGGGAGCGCGAGGAGGCCUGCAGCGGAGGGCCAGUUGCGCGGGGCCAGCAGGACCAUCGCCCGAGAGUCCAUCCCAAUCCCAGCAGUUUCGAUCGCUCCAAGCCCGCCAGGCCCGCUGGUGAGCUUGCAACCGGCGAGCGCGAUGCGCCCCACGCGUCAGGCCCCGCCGGGGCUGCCGCGUCGUUUCUGGAAACUUCGGCGGUGCGCGGGAAAGAAAGAGACGCUGUUGCGAAAGGCGCAAGCAAGCGCGCAAGCGCGAGGGGCGCUUCCGCCAGCGGGGCGUGUCUAGGUGGACUGGUAGACCUGCGCACCCUGGGGUCCGCGCGCGGGGGGUCGCAAAACGCAUCGGGGGAACGCAAGGCGCUGGCGUCGUUCCGGCGGCAGCACAUGAUGCGAUUCUUGGGCGACGCUAAUCUGGUCGUGCUGCAGCUGCACGGGCAGGCGCUCUGCUGCGGGCGACCGCAGGCAGGGCUGGUCGACGAAGGCGACGACGAGGAGGGGGAGGAGGGGGAAGAGGAAGAAAGGGGAGAGGAGCGAGGUGAGGAUGAGGGGGAGGGUUCUGGGCUUGACGAGGCUGUUUCCUCGCUGGGUGACAUGGGGGAGGAAGACGAGAGGAAGGAAAAAGCAGACGUGGAUAUUUCUGGGACGAUGGACGCGAGAGGAGGGUUAACUGGAGAGUCCCAGGGUUGCACCCUGGUAACUAAGGAGAGCGGCAAGUCGAGGGAUGUCGCCCUUUUGGCGAAAACGAAAGUUCGCGAAGUCGCAGCGUCGCCGCCGCGUGCGACACCUUUUGCGACGCCUGCGACGACGUCAGCGCGAUUGCGUUCGUCGCGGUCGCGGUUUGAACAGGUGCUGAGCGACUGGGCGGCAAGCGCGCGAAUGGCGGCGGAUGAAGUCGCACAGGGACUCGAUGCGUGCGACGGAUCGCGAAACGAGGGACCCGAGCUGGAGUUGAGAAGCGCAGGCUCGUCAGGAAAGCGUAGCAGCAGCCUUGCGAAGGGAGAGGAGGUGCGAAGGCUAGAUGCGAUUUGCGGCGCCAUGAGUGGCGAAGAGGUAUCGCAGCUGACGGGGACCGUAUCGGGCACUGAUGUUGACCAGAGGGCGGCGACGGCUCCAGUCGUGGGAGAUGGCCCGCAGGUUGCUCCGGCGGGAUCCAGUGAUGGUCGCACAGGUCGCGAUGAUGGUCGCACAGGUCGCGGUGAUGGUCGCACAGGUCGCAGUGAUGGCAACGAUCGUCGCACUGGCGACGACCCUGCGCAUGCGUCAUCGCGUAGCGAUGCGUAUGCGUCUGUGAUGCCGCAGCAGUCGGUUCAGGCCGAGACGAAGGGCGAGGGGGGUGGCAUGUUGGCGGGUGUCGAAACAGGCGCCGGGCCGACUUGCGUGGGCGGCGAAACGUGCGCUGAACACUCGAAGGCAGUGGUUGCGCGGGAAAACCGAGGAUGCGGUGAUGAACGAUUGACAGAUGCUUGUGCUGAUGGGGUGCGUGACUGCAGUGGCGGUAACAGUGGGAGUGGUGUGGAUGUGAUUGCCAUAAGUGAGUGCAAGGAUGCGCCGCUGAAGUUAGAGGGCAGUAAUGCCGCGCCGCGGCGCGCCGGCGCGACCACCAGUGCUUCCCAUCGUCCCGGAGCCCUGCUGAGUUGGCGGUGGGUGCGCGUCAACCCGACGCUCACGGCCGCGCAGCACGUACGAUGUGCCGCCGCCACCUGCGCGAGCGCGAGUCGCGCCGCCGAUUGUGCAAUGAGGAGGGCGAGGAGAUCGUUAAAGGCGGCGGGAGGAGUUGGGGGCGGGAAAGAGAGGCGUGGGGUGGUGGCGAGGGGCGAUGGCGCGGGGGUGGUUGGGCGGGUGGCGGUGAUGGGCGUGGUGGCGGUGAUGGCGAUGGUGGGGAGCGACGAGGGCCUCACGAAGGGCGGUUGGGCGCAGCGCUGCUUCUGGCGCAGCAGCGGCUGCAGCCGUGGCGUCCUCCCCAUCAUGAUGGCGCACGCUGCUCCCCUUGACCCCUCCCAGUGGCCAGGGCUGCGAGACAUGAAGGCGCAGUGGGGCAGUAUAAUUCCGAGCAUCACCGACACCUGGGUGGAGAACGGUGACUGCAGCAAUUACAAUAACGUCCAUUGCAAUGCUGCUGGCUUCGUGACACAACUAGACUUAACUAACAGAAGACUUACAGGCUCUCUCCCUGGCACCAUUGGCGUCUUUGUCGAUCUUCAAUACUUCUAUAUGGACUCCAACUCUCUAUCGGGCUCACUCCCAUCCACCUUCUCCAAGCUCAUUUCUCUAAAGGAAUUCAACGCCAAUCACAAUGAGCUCAGUGGGCCGCUGCCUGAGCACAUCGGUGCCCUCACUGCCCUGCAACAACUGCGACUGCAGGAAAACCAACUGGAAGGGCCCUUCCCAUCAUCCUUCACCCAACUGACUGCGCUAACCUCAUGCGAGAUUUACAACAACCAGAUUACGGGUCCUCUACCAGACGCACUUGGGAGUGUCUCCAAACUAUUAGCCUUCCGUGCCAACAACAACCUCAUAUCGGGCCCCCUGCCUUCCACUUUAACAACCAUGACCACCCUCUCUUACUUGGAGCUGCAGAACAACAACCUGAGCGGACCCCUCCCUUCCAACCUGGGCACCAUUACCACACUUAAAACGCUAAAUUUGGCGCACAACGCAUUCAGUGGAUCUCUUCCAAAGCAGUGGACGACACCUGACAUUUAUAUGAUUGACAUCAGUGACAACCACCUGUCUGGCACGAUACCAGACGAUAUGACAGGCUUGUGCUCGCUCCUUUCUCAUUCGCUCUUCCCCGUUGGGCUGCACUCCCCAUCCUUCCAAGCCCCAUCCUUCCAAGCCCCAUCCUUCCAAGCCCCAUCCUUCCAAGCCCCAUCCUUCCAAGCCCCAUCCUUCCACUCCCCAUACUUCCACUCCCCACCCUUCCACUCCCCAUCCUUCCACUCCCCACCCUUCCACUCCCCACCCUUCCACUCCCCACCCUUCCACUCCCCACCCUUCCACUCCCCACCCUUCCACUCCCCGUCCUUCCAUUCCCCACCCUUCUACUCCCCACCCUUCCACCCCCCACCCUUCUACUCCCCACCCUUCUACUCCCCACCCUUCCAAACCCCACCCUUCCACCCCCCACCCUUCUACUCCCCACCCUUCUACUUCCCACCCAUCCGUCCACCUCCGUCACCAGCAACCUGA